AUGGAAUCCCUCUCCCAGAAAGGCAGAAAGCAAUCGACUAAGUCGCCUUCGCCCAUCCAUCUGGCAAUACCUGCCCACAAGCGCUCCAAGAGCGCCAGAGUCCUCAAUCUUCUCCGCAGCGACACCCUUCCUCGAGAAAACGGUUCAGACACUGAGUCGCCCGUGACGACCACCACCUCCACCACUGGCCCCUUCUCCUCGACGUCUCCUUUGACUCCGAGCGAGGGCCCACGACUGAGUCCAUUGUCUCCGACCACCACCAGAAACUCUCAGCUGGCCAUGGAAUCGAACGAAUACUCCCGGGAACCAGAAUCGUCCCACCACCUGCACCCCGUUCCUUCAGGCAUCUCUUCCGGCCAGGGAGGUUCGAUCGAGGACUCGGUCCGCACCUUUCGAGUCUUCGAAGUCCUCCGAGGCAAAGACACUGCCGCCAUUUCCAAAGCUAUCACCGAAUCCAUACCCUCUCCUUCCAAUUUGCAACCGAUUCCCGGCACAACAAUACUCCACCUAGCGAUCCAAUGCGCAGAACCUCAGGUCGUCGAGCAGGUGUUAAGAGAAGGCAAAGGCCUCGAUGUCAACGCACAGGACAAGGAAGGCAAUACCGCUCUACACUUGGCUGCUCAUCUCGGCCGGGCACCUGUCGUCCGAGACCUGUUGGAAGUGCCCGACAUAAAUGAUGCCCUCGCGAACAGGCAAGGCAAACUACCCAUCGACCUCGCUCGAACUCCGGAGAUCUUUCAACAGCUACAGUUGGCGCGUUCAAUUUUCCUUGACGACAAGAUCAAGGAAAUACAUGCCGCGUUGGGCCAAGGUGAUUAUAAGAAGUUCGAAACCAUUUUGACAGAGCCGCGGGUUGAGGGCACUUUGGAUGUGAAUGCGUUGGAGUUACCGACUGAGCCUGCGACAGUCCAGAGCGGCGGAACGCUAUUGCACGAGGCGGCACGCAAGAAGGAUAUCCAGUUGGCCCAGAUCUUACUGUUACAUGGAGCUGAUCCUUUCCGUCGCGACCGUAAAGGGAGGCUUCCGCAGCAUGUGACCCAAGAUGAUCGGACAAAGGCCAUCUUGAAGAAGUCGCCUGCCGCCGCUGCUGCUCAGCGAGGCAUACAAGAAAAGGCGAUUCUGGGGAACAGCCCAUCGCAGGCUAGAACAGGAUCUGGAUCCAGCGAUGCGACUAAAGACGCCCGAGAAAUGAAGGGAUAUCUCAAGAAAUGGACAAAUUACACGAGCGGGUAUAAGUUACGGUGGUUUGUUCUCGAAGAAGGGGUUCUCAGCUAUUACAAACAUCAAGAUGACGCUGGCUCGGCUUGUCGAGGAGCCAUCAAUAUGCGCAUCGCAAAACUGCACAUGGAUCCGCAGGACAAGACGAGGUUUGAGAUUCAUGGCAAGUCCUCAGUCAAGUACCAUUUAAAGGCCAAUCACGUUGUCGAGGCAAAGAGAUGGUUCUGGGCCCUCAACAACGCCAUCCAAUUCACAAAGGAUGAAGCCAAGGAAGAAGAAAAAAGGCGUACCCUUGACGGCGAAAGCUUUCGACAUACCCGCACCGAUACAUCAGAUACUCUCAGUGCAGCGGCCAGCAGAUCGAAACAUCCUGCUCAGUCGCUAGGAGUUGCGGGAAGCUCUUCCAAAGUAAGUUUCCGUUCCGAUGUGGAGGGUGGAUCAGCAUACGACUCGUACGAUGCGAGCCUCCAAGGCGAAGAGCUUCAAAGGCUGCCUACCAAUGCCGUUGUCAAUAUCGACGCUGAAGAGGAUGCCGACGGUGACGACGCUAGCAGUCGUGAAGUCCACCAGCCGGGAAGUAAAGACGCAUUCAAUAUCACCGCACAAUCUGCCAAGCUACAACUGGACCUGCUGGCAAGAGUUUCCGACGCGUUGAUCGCCAGGCAAUCAUCCCAGGCAGACACGACUCUAUCCGAUCCAGAUGUCGCGCAGGCUCUUCUCACCUAUCAAACAGCCGUUAACAGCCUCAAUGGCUUGGUUGCGGACCUACUCAAGAUUGCUCGAGACCGUGACGCUUAUUGGCAAUACCGGCUAGAUCGAGAUGCAGAUGCCCGGAGGAUGUGGGAAGAAAGUAUGGCCAAGAUUGCUUAUGAGCACGAAGAUCUUAAGAAGUCCAUCGCCGAAUCGGAGGACAAGCGUAAGCGCACGAAACGGGCUCUGAAAGAGGCCCUCGAGGGACAAUCGGUGCCCGCAAGCCGUCCGGGCUCCAUGCUCCAACAAGAAUCGAUGGACCAUGUCCAAUUCGCAGAAGCGGUUGAGAAUCAACUUGACCUUCGGGUAGAGGCUCAAAUCUCGACGAGGUCACGACGGAAAUCCGUCACUAGAGAUGGCAAUAGACGAAAAUCAAUCAUCGCGCAACUCACCAAUCUCUCUGACUCCGAAUCUGGAGAUGAUGAAGAGUUCUUCGAUGCGAUCGGCGAAGGCAAGGUUGAGGUAGUCGAGCCGCCUCUUCUUAGUCCUCCGCCUGUGCAUGUCCCGUCAUUAUUGGAGGAAGAAAAAGAACCUUUUGUCGACGAAAGGGCCAGAAAGCAAAUGGAAAUUGAACCCUCUUAUGCCGGAUACGAAGGGGGAGUUCGCGAGCGACUGAAACUGGAUGCUGACAAUCGUCCGAAGAUUUCACUCUGGGGUAUUCUUAAGUCUAUGAUAGGCAAAGAUAUGACCAAGAUGACUCUGCCGGUUUCUUUCAACGAACCAACCUCUCUUCUCCAGCGUGUUGCUGAAGAUAUGGAAUAUGCCGAUCUCCUCGACAUUGCAGCGGACCGCCCGGAUGCCACUGAGCGUCUCGUGUAUGUCGCUGCAUUCGCGGCCUCGGAAUACGCCAGCACAAUCGGGCGCGUUGCGAAGCCGUUCAACCCUCUUUUGGGUGAAACGUACGAGUACGUCCGUCCCGACAAAGGAUAUCGAUUUUUCAUUGAGCAAGUCAGCCACCACCCUCCUAUCGGCGCUGCGUAUGCAGAAUCUGCGCGGUGGGACUACUGGGGUGAGUCGGCGGUCAAGUCAAAGUUUUACGGCAAGUCAUUCGACAUCAACCCACUGGGGACAUGGUUCCUGCGCCUCCGUCCUUCAAGCGGCGGUCCGCCCGAGCUGUACACGUGGAAGAAGGUUACCAGUUCUGUGGUAGGCAUUAUUACCGGAAACCCAACAGUGGACAACUAUGGCACCAUGGAGGUCAAGAACUGGACCACGGGCGAAGUCUGCAUUCUUGACUUUAAACAACGUGGGUGGAAGGCCAGUUCGGCUUACCAAGUCUCCGGCAAAGUGAUGGACGUCAAUGGUGUCACAAAAUGGAGUAUUGGCGGGAGGUGGAAUGACAAAAUCUACGCUCGAGUCACCGAGGGAUUUGAAGACGAAGCGGUAGGAGAUGGUCGCUUACACUCGAGCAUGGGGAGAGGGACUCAAUCCGAUAGACAGCAGGCCUUCCUCGUCUGGGAGGCACAUGCGCGUCCACAGGGAAUACCGUUCAACCUCACCCCGUUUGUCGUCACUCUGAAUGCUAUCAACGACUCCCUGCGUCCCCACCUCCCUCCCACCGACACACGCCUGCGCCCAGAUCAACGUGCCAUGGAAGACGGCGAAUAUGAAUUCGCGGCGACGGAGAAGAAUCGUGUCGAGGAAAAACAGCGGGCGGCGCGUCGCCAGCGUGAGGCCGCAGGUGAAGAGUGGAGACCCAAAUGGUUUGAGAAAAAGGUCGAUCCCAUCACUGGGGAAACCUAUUGGGAGCACAAUGGCUUGUACUGGAAGAAGAGAGCCGAAAAGGAUUGGGCGGUUUGUGAUGAUAUCUUUUAG